AUGGAGGCGGCCCGAUGCCUGGUGCAGGCGGGAAAGGCCUUGGCUUCUACUACGCGCCGUGGGUCCAGGGAGAUGGCGGUAAAGGUCAACGCCAGGCGUGGCCUCCACUUCUACCUGGUCUUCAACCUCCUCCUGCUGCUGGUGCUGGUGCUCAGCGCUGGCAGUGCCCGAGCUGCGGAUGUCGUCGGAAUGCGGGCUGGUUUACGUGGUGCAAGCACUGUGGAGCCUCUCGCCCACGAGCGCCCGGCAGUGUAUGGCACGAUGCAGCAGGAUCUCAUUCACUCGCAGGAGGUGUCGGCGGCGGAGGAGCUGCCCAAGGAGUACACCCAGAUGGCUAACCUGUGCGAGAAGAUGGGCGAUGCGAUGGCAGCCAAGCAGUACCGCACGGCGGCUCAGGCUCUCGCGGCGCCCGCUCCUCAGGGAGACAGUCUUCAGGUCAAGCUCCAGAAGGCGCACGCCAAGGCUCGGGCCUCUGAAAAGAAGCUCGACGCGGCGGUGCUCAAGUUCGAAAACAUGGCUCAGCAGUUGGAAGCGCAGCGAGCACACGUCUCUUCCCUCAGGUCCGAGCUGGCGGAAUCUGAAGCGGAACAUGGUGAGCUCGUCCGCCAGCUUCACUCCCAGCUUCCUGCCAAGGAGGUGCCCGUGGACAAGCCUGCUCUCUCGAUCGAUGACAUUCUUGAUGCUGAAAGAUUGUCCAAGAUGCUGGACCUCUCGGCCAAUGGUGUCUUCAGGAUCGACGAGUUGGAGUACGAGCUCACGCCCGAAGACACCCAGGAGCUGGAGUCCCGUGCAGCCCAGCUCCGAGAGGGCAUCCAGACCUUGGCGGCGAGCCUUUUCAAGGAUUCGAAGACCAAGGUGGACGCUCUUCGUGCGGAACACGAUGCUCACAUCAAGCGCCUGGCGGCGAAGCGGCGGCGUGGCGAG